CAGCCGCCCCCCUCCUUCCGUUCUGCCUCACCCGCAAACAUACCACAUAUACAUCAUCGCCCGGCCACCCCUUCCCUGCUUUCACUUUUUCUCAAUUCCUCAUACAAUCACUCCUACAUCACUUCCACCGCGAAACAUACUGUUCGGUCUCAGCACCUUUUCUUGCAUCGUGAUACCCGCUGAGCAUUGGACCUAAAGUAAUACCUCGUUGUGAUACCCAUUCAGUACUGUCCUCUAUCUUCCCAUCGCCGUCAUGGCAACCGUCAACAGACCAACCAACACCGCCAUCAAGGACAAAGAUGUCAAUCAGAAGCUUCAGCUCUAUGGCAUCUUUGAAGCCUUCGCGAACGGCAAAGUCCCCUCCAACAAGCAGAUCGACGUCGCCCUCAACAGCGCUCUCGCAUCCAAAGCCUUCCAACCCUCGUCACGACUUUCCGAGGAAGGCCGCAAACUGGUCGGAGAUCUGAAGGAGGCCAUUCGUCAGGCCAAAUACCUGUUGUUGUCUAAGAACGAGGGAGACCUACUUCAAGAAUUCAUCUGGGAUUGCCAGAACCUGGACGGCGCCAACGCUGGUCUUCCCAACGCUCCCACUGACAAAUCCACCGCCCAACAACAUGGCAACGAAGCUCUCGAAGGCCUCAAGACCCUCGGCCGACUCAUCCUCUCCAACGGUCAAUUCCGCAAGUUGUUGAGCGAUGCAACUGUCCUCGCCCGCGACAUGGCAGGCGACGCUGCUACAAAGGCAGCCAACAAGGUUAAUCCUUCAGAAGAUCGCUUAAACCAGAUCGACGAGCCUGCGGAGGACAACACCUGGCACGAUGUCCCCGAUCUCUCCCGAGAGAAUCUGAGAAACCAAGCUCGCUCCACCAUCGACAAGAACAAGCCCGCCAGCCGCGAGGAUGCCAAGGGUGCUGUUCAACAAGGUCUCGACUCUGCCCAACAACACCCAUCGGAUGAUCCACGUGAUGCUGGCCGUGCAGGUCUUCAGAACGCCACUCAAAAUCUCCAGAACCAAGCUGAUCAAAACGUCCCCGAUGAGAACAAAGACAAGGUUCGAGAGGCAAAAGAGGCUACGCAGCAGCGCACCAAGAACUAUCUGAACAAGAAGAUGCCUCAAGAGCGCCGCGACCAGACCGUCUGGCGUCUGAAGAAGAUGAUCGCCGAGAUCCAAGGUCACUCUGAUUACCAGCAAGCAAUUGAGACACUACUGUCCCUCGCCGAAACUUAUGGCGGCCACGGUCGGAACGUGGCUCAACAGAGCCAAGGAGCCGUCAAAGGUGCACAUAAUGACAGUAGCUUGCAACGCGCUGAAGCUAACCUCAAGACCCUACUGGAACGCUUUGCCAACUCCACCAGCUCCGACGACUUUUUCGACGCCUUGAACGACAUCUAUCGCGACGCUGAUCGUGAUCCUGAACUCAAGGAUUGGUUCAAGCGCAUGGACAAGUUCAUCCGACGAUGCCUUCAAGAGCAAGGUUUCAUCUUGCAAGAUUCUUCCAACGACGAGUGGAACAAGUUGUAUGACCAAGGCCAUCACCUCUUCCGCGAGCGCUACCGAGAACACACCGACCGUCUUCUUGAUGAGGUCAAAUUCCUCUCCAGCCAGUUCGAGGAGGAUCCACAGAACAAGGCCUUUGGUGAUGCAGUCCAAAAACUCUUCCUCGACCUUGGCCAAGACGAGAACGGAAAGCCUACCUUCAAGCCACAUUUGAUCAAGGACUUGACCGACGUCAUCAUCCCUGCCAUCUUCGAGAACACCCGCUACGUUCCAAUUCCUCGUAUUGAGGUUUCCGACCCCAUGAUCGAUGCCGUCGUUGAAAAUCUCGUCAUUGAGACUGACAACCUCUUCCCCAACACUUUCGAAUUCGGCAGUGACAACUACUUCCGCAUGGGCCGAAAGGGAGUCACUGGCAAGAAGGAUAACAAGAUCAUGAUUGCAGGCUCUGGCAUCCAAAUGGACUUGCGUGAUGUUGCCUACUACGUCAGAAAGAAGCAAGGUUUCCCCUCUGUUACUGACAAAGGUGUCAUGGAUAUCUUCCUUGGUGGUGAAGGUUUCAGCUUCAAGAUUGCCGCUAGAAACGCACAGCCGAAGGACCGCACCCACUUCGUGGUUAUCGACAAGGUUGAUGUUCUUAUCAAGAAUUUGAACAUCAAAGUCAAACAGUCCAACCACAAGCUUCUCUUCAAGAUCGCCAAGCCAUUGUUGCUCAAGGUCAUGCGCCCUGUCAUCCAGAAAGUCAUUGAGAAGCAGAUCAGGGACAAUUUCGAGAAGGCUGAUGCGUUCGCGUACAAGAUCCACCAAGAUGCCAUGCGCGCCAAGGAAGCGGCCAAGGACGAUCCUGAGAACGCAGGCAAUGUCUUCCAGAAUUACUUGAACUCUUACCAGGCCAUGAUGAGCCAGAAGAAGGAGAAGGCCAAGGAAAAGGCUUCCAAUACCAAUAUCAACGUGGCCAUUACCAAGGAAGAUUCCAUGUUCAAGAACAUCUCCUUGCCAGGUGGUAUCUCAACCAAGGCCACCGAGUACAAGCAGCUUGCUGCCAAGGGUGACCGAUGGGAAUCUCCUAUCUUCAGCAUCGGCAGUGCCAGUGCUUCUUCAGACGUUCCUAAACUGCGACAAGUCACUCGCAAGCCACAUGGUACCUCCCGGGCUAAGAUUCAAGGCGGCAACCACCCCAACAGUGCCUCCAGCAUGUCAUCUGGCGCUGCUGGUACAACCGGCACUGAUUAUGGCAGUAGCGGUGCUGGUUAUGGCGGCAGUGGCCUCGGCGGUACUGGUGGACAAGGUUCUGGUAUUCCGCAGAGCUCUGGCUUCAGUAACCAGGUUGACCAAGCUUUCGAUCCCAAGAGAGAUGUUACCGGUGGUCGUGGUGAUAUGACCAACGGAAGCGCCAACAAGGCCUAUUACGAUAGUGUCACUCAGUGAACGGAAUGGUGUGGUACGGACUGAUCUGUUCCUUGGAAAAGGCACGUUUUUGAUGGCGUUGGUAAUUGCUCGAUACCCUUUUUAGUCGGUGGCUGUUCCUGCAGAAUUGGUGGAAAGAUGUAAUAGGAGAAAAAGGCAACAGCAUGCAAAGAUGGAGCAGUCACAAGCGAAGACUACGAGUUUCCUUAUUCUUAGGUCCUCAUUGACACCCAGACAGUAUGUAGAUAACCAAGAAAAAACAAUUUAAUUGUUAAUUAUCAUA